AUGAGGUGGGCGAUCUCGAAGUUGCAGUUGCAGGGAACGGCCCCUCGCCCUCUUGGUAAAAAUGAUUCCUGCCCUCUCGUCGCGCACGAACCUGAAGCAAACGAACUUAUAGAGCAGAUAAACUUGGCACUCACCAGCGAGGCACAUCGUGUGGUCUCAGUGUGCGGGAUUGCUGGUGUUGGGAAAUCAUUUCUUGUAAAAACCCUCUUCAACGACCCUCAGAGUCCAGCAUGGAAGUUCAUGAUGAACGGUUGGGUCAAUGCACCCCAUCCGUUCGAUAUCGUGGACAUGUGUAUGAGUAUUUACGGCUUCACAUCCGAUGGCAGAAUUGAACACUACCCACCAGCCGAAGGCGAAGAUAUCGUUCUAUCGUGGUGGGAUCUACUGGAACUACGGCAGUGGCUUCUUGUUAUUGACGACUUAGGGUCCAUGGAAAUUUGGGACGUGAUAAAAGCUAACUUGAUCUCAAGGGCUACCAAGAGCUGUAUCAUUGUUAUUACAAGGGAUGAAAGUGUUGCCAGACAUUGUGCAACAUCAGAUGAUGCAGUAAUUAAAGACCUUCGCCAAAAAAAUAAGGCAACUAAAGAUGCUGGAACCUCCAAUCCGGAUCCUAAUAUGAUGGAGGAUGCAAGCUUUAUCAUAAAUAAGUGUGGAAGACUUCCCAAAUUAAUAGUUGCAUUAGCCAACUGCUUGGACAAAGCACCAAACAUCUUACAGGAGAUGCGCCUGAAUGCAAACUUCAUGUAUGAGUUGAAGACCAACAAAGGGCUUGACAGCUUUCGGGACGUAUUCACCACGAUCUAUUCAAGCUAUCAAACCUGUCCCCACCGCCUCAAGAAAUGCAUAUUCUAUCUGUCACUUUUUACUCAAAGCACCAUAAUUCGGCGGAGUCGUUUGGUGAGGAGGUGGAUUGCAGAGAGCUAUUGUGAGGGCCUUGACAGCAACAGCAAGGUGGAGUACACGGAGAAGCUCUUGGACAACAUUGCCACCCUGGGCAUCAUAGAUAAGCCGCCACAGACAUCAUCUUCCGUUGCCGGUUGCAUGAGAGGGACUGCAUGCCAUGUCAACUCUUUGUUCCUUGACUACAUCAUCUCACAGGAAACGAAAGAGAACAUUUUCCUUCCACUGGAAGUAACUGUACUGCAGGGACAGUGCAGUCUGAACAUACAACGUGCAGGACAGCACUUGGCCAUUGGGAGCAGCUGGAAGGGAGACAAGUUUGUGCUCGACAGCUUGGACUUCUCACGGCUACGGUCUUUGACGGUUGUUAGAGAGUGGAGGUCAUUCUUCAUAUCUCACAGGAUGAGAGUGCUUCGUGUGCUCGAUCUGGAGGAGACAAACGUCAAUGAUAAUGACGUGGAAAAAAUGUUGGUGCAUCUACUUUGCCUCAAGUUCCUCUCUCUUAGAAGAUGCACAAAGAUCCAGACUCUGGAUAUCAGACACACCUAUAUUGACAAGGUUCCAGUUGGCAUCAGCAAGCUGCUGCAGCUGCAGUAUAUUCGUGCUGGCACCAGUGUAGCGCUGAUGGAUGAGGAGCCAUCAACAACAAGGAGGAGUAGGUAUGGACAUGUUUCUGCUUGUGAUGGCGUCAAGCUUGGAGUGUCUGGCAUCAAAAGGAGAAACAUCAAGGGGUUCCUUUCUGCUAUUGAGGGGCACGUCCAUUUGGAAUCGCUGUCACUGCAGCUCCACAUGGACGAGGAUUUGGAGUGGUUGGAUAAAUUCACCACCCCAAGGAAUCUACAGCGACUUAAGAUGAAGGUACAUGUAGAGAAGUUCCAACACUGGAGCUGCCUAAAGGUCCUUGGUCAGAUAAGAAGGUUACAAGUCCUAUGCCUUCAUUUAAAAGCAGACCAAGAUGUUGAACUCCAAUUUUGUGAUACACUAGAUGGUGCGGCGUGGUCUACACCCAACCAAUUCUGUGAACUCAAAGUCCUCGAGAUUGCUUGCAGCUCCAACUUACAAGUGAAGUUUGCCGACAGAGAUAUGAAAUUGCUUGAGCAGCUCAAGGACGGGCGCGAGAUUCAAGUUGGCGAUUGUGCUCUUUUCGGGGCUGUUGAUGUUCCUCCAUUUAUUGGAUUGAUACGUUGGAUUGAGAAAAAGGAAGAAGGCUAUCCCAAACUACGCGUUAGUUGGCUUUAUAGACCUGCCGACAUUAAGCUUAACAAGGGCAUUCAACUGAACGCCGCACCAAACGAGCUCUUCUACUCUUUCCACCAGGACGAGGCAUCUGCUGUUUCCCUGCUGCACCCUUGCAAAGUUGCCUUUUUACGUAAAGGUGUUGAGCUCCCGGUUGGAAUUUCUUCAUUUGUAUGUUGGCGUGUAUACGAUAUUGACAACAAGUGUUUAUGGUGGCUUACCGACCGAGAUUAUAUUAAUGAACGGCAGGAAGAAGUAAAUCGGCUUCUAUACAGAACAAGGUUAGAAAUGCAUGCUGCAGUGCAGUCAGGUGGACGGUCUCCAAAGCGGCUAAAUGGUUCAUCAGCAUCCCAGCAACUGAAGGCUUCUACAGAUGGUACACAGAAUUGUGGUUUAUCCAAGGGAAAGAAGAGGGGGGAGAGUGAGCCUGGAAGCAAGUUGGACGGUAUAAAGUCUGAAAUAGCAAAGGUUGAAAAAGGUGGACUUCCAAACACAGAAGCAGUUGAAAAGCUUGUGCAUCUUAUGCAACUUUAUCAGACUGAGCAGAGGGUAGACCUUGCUGGUCGGGUUAUGCUUGCUGAUGUUAUUGCAGCUACAGAGAGCCCUGAUUGUCUUGGCAGAUUUGUGCAAUCAAGGGGCCUUCCCGUGUUGGAUAGUUGGCUUCAAGAGGCUCACAAAGGGAAGUCUGGUGACGGUAGUUCUAAAGAAGCAGAUAAGCCUAUUGAUGACCUUCUCUUGGCGCUACUUCGUGCACUAGCUAAAUUGCCUAUUAAUCUCAGUGCACUGCAAAGUUGUAACAUUGGAAAAUCUGUCAAUCAUCUCCGCAGCCACAAAAAUUUGGAGAUACAGAAGAAAGCUAAGUGUCUUGUUGAGAACUGGAAGAAACGUGUUGAUGCUGAAAUGAAGUCGAAUGAUUUGAAACCUUUAACUGGCCAAUCUGCUUCCUGGCCUGGAAAAGCAGGUUUCCAAGAAAUUUCAAAUACUGGAAGCAAACGAGGUGGCUCAAGUGAGCACAGCCCAAAGAAUCCAGCAUCCACUGUUUCAUCACCAAAGGUUUUGACUGAUAAACCUGGGGGCUCAGAUGCUGUUGCAAAGUUGAAUCAUGUACCUUAUGUCGCUUCAAAAGUACAACAUAUGCAACCAGGAAAUGUUGCCGCCAACUUGAAGGACCAGCCCUGCAAAUCAACUGGUGGUUCUGAGCUGCCUACUGUGAAAGAGGAGAAAAGUAGCAACUCGAGCCAGUCACCGAACAAUAGCCAUUCAUGCUCUAGUGAGCCAUCGAAGGAUGCGAGAAGUUCAACUGCUGUUUCUGGUGGUGCUAGUAAAACUUCUGGAAGUGCUUCACGGGGCCAUCGAAAGGCAACCAAUGGGCUUGUUUCAGGGAACCUGAAGGAAGCUUCUGUGGGAAGAUGUGUCUCCCUUGAUCGAUCUUUGCUGCCAGAUAAAUCAUCUCCAACUGGAUCAGCUUCUGAAAAAGGAGUUGACAUGCCAUCUGACCAUGGAAAUAAUCAUAGAUUGAUUGUUCGGUUUCCAAAUCCUGGCCGUAGUCCUGCUAGAAGUACAAGUGGAGGAUCUCUUGAGGACCCAUCUGUUACUGGUGGUAGAGCUUCAUCUCCUGUGGUUGCAGAUAGGCAUGAACAGACUGAUCGCAGAGUGAAAAUGAAAACUGAAAAUUCUCGGCCUCAUUUAACUUCUGAUGUUAAUGCAGAGUCAUGGCACAGCAAUGAGAUUAAAGGAACUGCUGGUUCGGAGGAAGGUGACAAAUCACCAUGUGCUAUGUUAGAUGAUGACAACAGCAGGACACCUGAUGAUUCUGUUAAGGAUACACAUGCAUCACGAGUUGUAUGGUCAGCCUCAUCAUAUAUGAAUGAAAAAGGCGUCUGUUCAAGUGAAACCAAGGUGGGAAACUCAUUCAGCCCAAUGAAUGCUCUGAUUGAAAUCAAGUACUCUGAAGCUAGUCAUUCCUUGCAUGCUGAAGACGACACAGCAAUGGAUCUUCUUGCUAGUGUGGCAGGAGAAAUAUCAAAAUCUGAAUUGGUUUCCCCAUCUUCUUCACCCAGAAAUUCAUCUGCAAAGAAAUUGGGCUGUGAGGGUGACAAUGCUGGGAAGGUUAAAGUAGAAAGUGAUGUGAGCCCAUCACAGGAUCCAGGGCCAGCAGAUGCUAAGAAAGUUGUCGGUGGGAAGGAAGUGAAAAGUGAUUCUUGUUUGGCUGCAAAGGAGGAACAACGCCAAACUGUGCCAUCUCCUGAGCUAGCAGAUUCAAAAGCAGUUGGAUCUUCAGUCAAAAUUGAAAUCCAUGAAGGGCGUGCAAACAAAUGCAACUCUCAACCUGAUUUGGUUGAUUCCAAAGGUGAACAUGAUCAGAACUCCAAUUUGUGCCACUCAGCUAAUGCUAGAAUUGUCAAUGUGCCUAAUAUGGAUUCAUCUGCAGGUGAAAAUCGGGAUGCAUGUAGACAUGGGAAAGUUGAAGAUGGCUGUACAGACAAGGGUGGUGCUGUGGAUUCUACAUUGGGCAGUCAGUGUAAAGUGGUUGUUUCCAGUAGGAAUUCAAGAUUGGUUCUUGCUGGAGAAUCUUCAUUGUCUGCUGCUGAUAAACAAGCCCAGGGUUUGUUGAAGUCAUCAACUAAUCAUAAGCAGCCUCUGGGUGUAUCAGGCCACUCAGGAGCCUUUGAUAUCCGUGACAGUAUGGCUGGCAAAUUAGAUUUGAUGGCUGCAGAGGUGAAAAAAGCUGAUGCUGUGAGCGAUAGUAGCAUACUGUGGAAUGAGGAGGAAAAGAAGGAAAAUGCUUCUUUCCCUUCGGCUGAUGUUCCAAAACUAGUUGUAGCUGCAGCGUCCCCAGCAAAUAGGAUUGAAUCAAAAGACACUUCAAGUGAAUCCAAUAGUCAUGUAAAAUCUGAAGGUGUCCAUUCUCAGCAAAGUGAGCAUAGUGCAAAGCAGAGCUCAAAAAAAUCCAGUGAUGGUGUGAGUGGAAAGGAGGAUGGAAAAGAUGACCUUGUCUCAUCAGAUGAAGGUUCUUCUCUAGCUGCCCACACCAAGUCAAAUGCUACAGCAAAGCUUGACUUCGACUUGAAUGAAGGAAUACCUGGGGAUGAUGGGCAUCAGUCUGAACCAACUAUCUCACCUGUUAUAUGUUCCUCAACGGUCCAUUUAACUAGGCUUUCGCCAUUUGCUUCGCCUAUUACAUGUGGGCUGCAGUCAGCUCCAAUAACAGUAGCUGCUCCAGCUAAAGGACCCUUUGUUCCUCCUGAGAACCUACUAAGAGCAAAGCCUGAGAUCGGGUGGAAAGGUUCAGCUGCUACGAGUGCAUUCCGCCGAGCUGAACCGAGGAAGAUUUUGGAGAUGCCUGGCACCACACGUGAAAUUCCAGGAUCUCAUACUGCUGGGAAGCAGUCUCGCCCCACACUUGGUUUUGAUUUGAAUGUUGCAGGUGACCAAGCUCUCCAGGAAGAUAUCCCAGAGAGUUCUGCACAGACUACCUGCUCUGAAUCUGGAAAUACGAAAAGUCGAGAUGGCUCAUCACGAAGCGCUGGCAUUGAGUUUGAUCUGAACAGAGCUGAUGAAGUUGCAGAUAAUGGCCAAUUUGUGUCAAAUGCUUCACACCCAGUUGAACUCCCAUUGUCGUCAACAAGGUCGUUACCUGGAAUUGUCUCUAAUGCUGGUAUGAAUAUCUCGAGGGACUUUGACCUUAAUAGUGGACCAGGCCUUGAUGAUGCUGUCACUGAACCUGUGCCAAAGAACCUACCUGCUAAAAAUACAAGCAGUAUUCAAUUCCUACAAGUUCCUGGUUUAAGGAUGAAUAAUGUUGCCAUGAGUAAUAUAUCACCAUGGCUUGCCUCUGCUAACCCUUGUGGUCCAGUAGCUAUACAAUCGUUUUUGCCUUCUAGAGGAGAACAGCUGUACCAAAUUGAGGCUGCAUCUGGAGCCCAGAGGAUUAUCGCGUCUACCACUGACAGUGGCCAAUUUGGAGGAUUCCCUUCUUUUCCUCCAAGUGUCCACCUUCAAGCACCUGCAUUUUCAGUUGGAUCAGCAACAUUUGCUAAUUCUGCAUCUGCAGUUCCAUAUUUUCAAACUCUCUCUCCCUCUCUUGUUGGGCCAGCAGGAUCAUUACCUGCCCAGCAUUCAAGGCAGUAUGCUAUAAAUCUUGCUGAGGGUAGCAGCAGCAGUGGACGUGACAGUAGUCGUAAAUGGGAAAGUCAGGGCCUUGAUCUUAACUCAGGCCCUGGAAGUAUAGAUUUAGAAGGAAAGGAUGCACGGGCACCUUUACCAGUCAGACAAAAUUUGAUCACACCCCCACAUGGCUUUGCAGAAGAUCAAGGAAGAAUUUACCAAAUGCCAGUUGUAGGAACAAAGAGAAAGGAACAUGAUGGCAGUUGGGACACAGAAAGGUCUACAUAUAAGCAAUUAUCUUGGCAAUGA